ACGGCGAGGAACAUGUCCGUGAAACCCUAGAAUCCCAAAAUUAGGAGACGAGAAAAAAAUGGAGGAGACGAAGCCACCACCAUUGGGUGGAAACAAUCCUCAGCAGCAGCAACAACAGCAACAACAACAACAACAGCAGCUCCUGUAUCAACACCAGUUGCAACAACAACAACAGCGACAACAACAGAUGCUUCUCUUGCAGCAAUUGCAGAAACAGCAGCAGCAACAAGCAGCAAUGUCUCGAUUCCCAUCGAACAUCGACGUUCAUCUCCGUCCUCCGGGUUUGAUCCAGAACCGACCCAUUAACCCGCCACAGCAGAACACUCCCCCUAACCCUCCUAACCCUAAUCCUAGCUCUAAUUUGGGACAGACUACACCGGCUUUUCAACAACAACAGCAGCAGCAGCAACAGAUUGCAUCGAGUCAGCAGAUGAUGCAGCAACAACAGCAGCAGCAGCAGAAGCUGAUGAGGCCACCAUUGAAUCACAUCGAGCUUCAAUGUGCUUAUCAGGACGCUUGGCGUGUUUGUCACCCAGAUUUCAAACGGCCUUUCUCUUCUCUCGAAGAUGCUUGCGAGAGGUUGUUACCUUAUCAUGUCGUAGCAGAUUACGAAGCAGAAGAGGAUGAUAGGAUCCUUGAUUCAGACCCAACAGGCCAGGCUUUAUCCCGCUCUCAACAAUGGGAUAACAACAUUGCUGCUAAAGUUGCUGAAUUCACGGCAACGUUUGAGAAACAGGCCCUAGCUUUUAAUAUCAUAACUCGAAAGCGUAAAAUGGGAGAAUUCAGAUCUGAGGAAAGGUUGAUGGUUGAACAAGCUUUGCUACAAGAAGAAAGGAAAGCAUUGUUUGAGCUGAAAGCAGAAAUGGAUAGGGAGAAGGCUGGCCGGGAAGCGCAGGAGGCUAAGUUGCGCAUGGCUGCUUUAGCUCAAGCUGGACAGUCACAGUCCCAUGCUGAGAUAAUGGCUCGUAACCCAUUGAGGGCUAAUGCGGUUGGGAAUCAGGGCAGCAAUAUUCCGCUAAGCCACGAGAUGGGAGAACAGGGACGUAACAUGAACCCUGAUGAGAUGAUGAAUGGAUGGGGAAACAACAGUCAGAGAGAGGAGAAGGAACCUUCAGAAGAUUUCUUGAAUGAUGAGGAGAAUGAGAAUGGGGAGACGGGUGAACAAGAAAACUGGCGUGAAGCUGGAGAAUUCGAUUUGAAUAGCCGUUAGAUGACCAAGGUGGAGACAAUUUGCAGUGUCAUGUAUUUGAAACUGGUAAGUAAGUUCUAGUUGCUCUGGAUAAUACUAAUUUAACUAGAUUCAAUCUGCUAUAUAUACAUAUGACAGGUACUGGGUUCAGGUCAAGUAUUAUAUGUGUAAGACAGUAUAUAAAAUUGUUCUGGUUAUGUAUUAUGUAUUGGCCAUGUAUGGAGUGUUUGUUUGCAAUAUUGUAAUGGUUGGACUUGAGAUUUAUGAUUGCUUACAGAAGAUUUUUGGUUUGCCUUA